GGUACUGAGACACAGGAAUGAAAUUUUUGAUAUUUUUUUUCACUGCAGAAAUUCUGUCGAAAGUAUUUUCAGCCGAAAAUUGCGGAAGUUUUGGAAAAUGCUGUAAUGGAUACGUAUGGGAUGAUCAGUCUGGAUCCUGCAAAAGGUGUUCUAGAGGUUUUUAUGGACCAAAAUGUGAAAAUUAUUGUCCAUACCCAACAUAUGGACAAGAAUGCCAAUCGUUAUGCAACUGUAUUCAGCAAUUAUGCCAUCCUAUAAACGGUUGCAAAGAUAGUUUGAAAAUAAGAUAUACUACGGGGCAAACUUUGUUUUCAAAGACAAUUGAAGGAAAAUAUAUACCUACUAAUGGAAGUCAGCCAACAAAAGAAGUGAGUGUCACAGAGAACUCAACAGAGACUUACGAAGACAUUCCAAAAGGAGACAAGGAUACCAUCUGCCGAGCAGGAUCUGUAUUUAACACCAUUGCACAUUGGAGGAAGGAGCAGCGUUUACCAUAAUGUAACCGAUGUCUAAAACCAAUUGACUGUUAUUACUAGUUGUUGAUCUGUCAAUAUUUAUUUUCCCCCAGAAACUCCAUGCUAUUGGAUCAUUUAAAGUGUACGAUGUAAAUAAAAGGUUAAUCAAAAUUAUGUUAAUUGUGUCCGUGAAAUUCAUUUUCAGGAUAAAUUGGCUAAAUAUCAACAAGUGUGGAAAAUUCAGCGUGACACAUAGAUUUUACAAACUUAUAUUUAUGUUCUACAGUAACUUAAAAUUCCAUUUGUGGUUUGUACAUUGAUGGAUAAAAGGAAUACACAACACAGUGCACGAUUAAUGAAAUUGUUAUUUUUAGAAUGGCGAUAGUAGUAAAACAUUAUUACAGAACAGAAGAAUCAACCUACAAAUGAAAGGCAUCAUUAACCAAUUGGACGAUAUCCCCAUAGUAUAAAAUACAGAGAAACACUAGCUAGAUAUAUGAAAAACAUGUCGUUCCAUAUAAUACCACAGUGCAAACCUACAGACGCCACCCAACUUGAACUUGACUUUCCUGAAAUAUGAAUACACAUGUGAUUUUCUUCCUUCCAACUUGUAAUCUGUAUGCGUUGUUUGGUGACAGGCACAACCUGUAGACCAUUUGUAAUUACAUGUAAAACAAAUUAUGCAACAGUCACGAUAAAAUACAAUGUCUUUCGUUGAAACAUAUAGGACUAUAGCAGACACAUUCUCGCCUUUAACCAUUCAAGUAUAAUAACCCCCACAUUUUGUACAGCAGGCAGCAUUUGAUUAGAAAGAUUUAUGAAAUCAGAUACAUACUGACCUAUCCUAGCAUUACAUGUCCCUGUAUUCAUUCUAUAAAACGAAUUAAAAUUAAAGUGGAAGUGUGCACAUGACCAAAACACA